AUGGAAUUUUAUGAAAUAGUUAAAUCAAUUGGUUCUGGUUCUUUUGGACAAGUAUACUUAGCUAGAAACAAGAGAGAAGAUCGCCUUUAUGUGAUAAAGAGAAUUAAAAUUAGAGAUAUGACUUAAAAAGAUAGGGAAAAUACAGAAAAUGAGGUUAGGCUGUUACAGAAAUUGAGACAUCCAAACAUUGUAGCAUAUAAGGAUUCUUAUUUGGAUAGGGAGUAAUAUUUAAAUAUAGUAAUGAUUCAUUGUGAAGGGGGAGAUAUUUAUUAAAAGAUUAGAAAUAAAAAAAGUUUUCCAGAAUCUCAAAUUUUAGAUUGGUUUGCAUAAAUGACAUUAGCUUUGUGUUACUUACAUGAAUAGAAAAUUCUACAUCGUGAUUUGAAGACAUAGAACGUCUUUUUGAAAAAUGGAAGAGUUCGAUUAGGAGAUUUUGGGAUAGCUAAAGUUUUGGAUUCAACAAGAGACUUGGCUAAUACUUGUAUAGGAACACCAUAUUAUAUGAGUCCAGAAUUAUUUAAAUAUAAACCCUAUUCAUAUAAGAGUGAUGUAUGGGCUUUAGGUUGUUGUCUUUAUGAAAUGUGUAAUUUAAGACAUGCUUUUGAUGCAUAAUCUAUGAAUGGUUUGGCUCUUAAGAUUUUAAAAGGAUCAUAUCCAUCAAUUAGUUAAUCUUACUCUAAAGGAUUGAGAGAUUUAAUAAAUAAAAUGUUAAACAUAAAUCCAAAAGCAAGACCAACUAUUUAAGAGAUUGUUCAUAAACCAAUCAUUAAAUUAAGAAUUAUAUAUUAUAUGUUAGAAGUCUUUAGUGGUAUAAUUUUAUAAUAAUUAAGAAACAUAAUCAACUGAUUUAGAUGAUAUGUACGUAGAUACUUUAUAUGAAUAAGCAGAAUAAAUUGGAGUACUCCCUCUUAUUCAACAUUAUUAAAAAUAGAUGUCUUAAGGAACAACUAUUUCUGAUAUAAAAAAUGAAUUAGAAAAGGGAGGAAAAGCAGAAUAAAGAAUGCUUAUUUUAAUUUAAGAAUAAGAGGCUUUAAAAUUAAAAUAACUUAAAAAAGAAUAAUUUGAAAAAAAGAAACUUGAAGAAGAAAUUAAAAGACUUGAAUAAAAGCAAUAAUAAAAAAUUCUUACCAAAAAUAAUAUUGAAUCCAAUCUUUAUACAAAAGGAACACCUGAAAAUUUUCCAGGAAAAUCUGAUUCUAUACAUAAAACUGAAAUAUAAACAAAAACUGAUUAUCAAAGAAUAAAUUAAAGAAAAGUUUCUUUAGAGAGGGAUAAAAGACCAAAUGAUUUAAGAUAAAAAUAAAAAGAAAGAAGUUUAUCUCUUGAAAAAGAUAGAUUACGCGAUGAUAGUACUUUAAGUGCUAAAGAUAAAAUGAUUUAAAAAAAAUAAAAGAGAGAUGAAGAAAAGAUUAUAUAAGAUUAAAAGGAAAGACAAUAAAUCUAUAGAGAAAGUUUUUAGAAUAGAAAAAUUGCUUAAGAAAGGAAACAAGCUUAAUAUAGACAAUCAAAAGAUAGUUCGUUAAAAGUUUAAGAAGAAUAUGAUAUUUCAGAUGAUAGUGAAGGAGUCAAUGCUAUUUAAGAGAUAGAAAAUGAAGAAGAGUAUGAAGAAGAUGGAGAUUUUGAUUAAAAAUUAGAUAUGAUUAAAACUAAACUUAAAGAAAAGACAAUUAAGAUAUCUCAAAUCAAUUAAUCUCUACAUUAAAAUAGAUAAGUUUAAAAUAUGCAAAUAAAAGCAUUAGAGAGUAUUUUAAUUAUUAUUAUAUUAUUUAGCUGGAUAAGCUAUUCCUUAAGUUGAAGAAGAAUUUGAAAAUGAAAAUGAAGAAGUGGAAGACGAAGAUCAUUAUGAAGAAGAUGAAUUACUUUAAGAUGAUAUCAAAUAAUCAAAUCAAAUCACUUAAAGGAUUUAGGAUAGAAUCAAAUUAUUAAAAUAUCGAUGUGAUGGAGGAUUAGGAUCUAAUCUUACUGAUAAAGCUUUAGCAUUAAUAAGAGCAAAAUGUAUUACUUUUAUUUCUAUUUAGAAUAUUCUAAUUAAGAUUUAAGAAAAUAAUUAAUCUCGAUACUAGGAGAAGAAAAUAUUGGAUAUUGGUAAUUAUUUGAUCAAAUACUCUACAUGGAAGACUUAAUUACAAAAUUUUGA